AUGAUCAUCCGUGUCUUCAGCAUGCUUAUGUGGGCCCCGGUGGGCGUCCUGACCUCGCUGGCGUACCGCCUCCACCAGCGGCUAGAGGUCCUGGCCGAGCUUCGGAGGGCCGAUGGCCGACGUCCCGUCGACCGGAGCCUGCUGGAGUUGGAAAUGGUGCGGGUCGUGUUUCGACACGGGGCGCGGAGUCCUCUUAAGCCGCUCCCGCAGGAGGAGCAGAUAAAGAGAAGAGGAAGGGUUGGAGAUGCUGGGAAAAACAAGCUGAUGCCUCUUCCCACCUCUGCUCCCGUCUUCCUUCCAGGAUCCAUUGUCAUCCAUACUGAUGAAGCAAGCCCUGAAGUCUUAUACCCCAACUACCAAAACUGCCAGAACCUGUGGAAAAGAACCAGACACCAGAGGAAGGCUGCCUCUUUGCAGCCAAGAAUCUCAGAGGAUUUGAAAAAGGUGAAGGAAGGGAUAGGUAUUGCCGGUAAUGAUGAAGUAGACUUCCUUAUCCUCUUUGACAGUGUGGCUGCUGAGCAGGUGCACAGCCUCCUGAGCUGCCCGGCACUGAACAGAUUUGCACGGGUGAUUGAACAGAGAGCUGUGGACACAGCCUUGUACAUCCAGCCAAAGGAAGGCAGAGAAAGUCUUCAGAUGGCAGUGGGCCCCUUCCUCCACAUCCUGGAGGACAACCCGCUGAAAGUCGUGGACCCUGCCAUCCCACCCAGCAAGACCAGGGACCUGGCAUGAAAGCUAUAUCUCUGUGCUGCUCAUGAUGUGACCCUCAUGCCCUUAAUGGUUCUCGGGAUUUUUGAUCACAAAUGGUCCCCGUUUGCUGCUGACCUGACCCUGGAACUCUACCAGCACCAGGAAUCUAAGGAGUGGUUUGUGCAGCUCUAUUACCACGGGGAGGAGCAAGUGCUGAGAGGUUGCCCUGACCCACUCUGUCCACUGGACAAGUUCUUGAAUGCCAUGUCAGUUUAUACCUUAAACCCAGAAAAAUACCACACCCUCUGCUCUCAAGCGCAGAUGAUGGAACUUGGAAAUGGAGAGUGA